AUGGACAAAGAUUGCGAUAUGGUAUAUAAGAAUGUUUCUGACAUAUAUAAAUCUGAAGAAUUUAAGACCUACGACAACUUUGUUUCGUUAGUUGCUGAAUGUGUAUGGCAGAUAAGAGAUAAAGAUAGAAGAGGCAAAGUAUGGAACAAACAAAUAAGACCCGCUAUGUUUGAGAUGAAGAGAGCAAUUGACGCUUUAGUUGUUUUAGCUGGUUUUAUUUCAGAAUAUAACGCAAAAAUGAACCCGCAAUGUUCUAAAUGUAAAGCAGCAAUGAGGAAAUAUAACUACUCCGUCAAAGAGAUAGAACGUAUGAGAAACGACUAUGCAGACUUAAAGAAAGAAGCAGAAAAGCCGGUAGAAGAUAAAAUGGACAUGUUAGAAUUUCUGAACAAAAACUAUCCAACAGCAGAAGAUUUCCUUCUAUCUGACGUCAAGAAGAAAUAUAAAGAAACCUUCGGCAUAGUUAAAACAUUCGAUGUACUAAAAGAAGAAAUAGAAGCUACAAAACUGUUUAAAGUCUCACGAAUUCAUAACGUUUACCAUGUAAAACGCUUAUAA